CAUCAAACUUGGUAUGCUUCGCUACGAGGACAGGAGCACAUGAACGGAGCGGCACUACUAACCUUUCGUCCACUUAAACUCGUGGCUUCACAGAUUUCAACUAGUACUUUUCCAAGUCCAUCAAGAAACAACUUUUGCGAUGUCCACAGACGGAAGUUUGUUGGUUCAAGUCGGUUCAUAUAACACAAACCUACAAGGUGGUACUGGCUUGCCUCAGGACCUUGUUGAUUGGCUUGUUCCAACACUUCAAGUAGCCUCAUUCCUCUCCAAGGACACACGCACACCAGAUAUUGUUGCAAUUGGCUUCCAGGAACUUCUGCCCCUUCACCUUGGACUGGCUGGAUUGUCCAAAGCUGUGAUUGACGAUAGAGACGCGCAUAUUCGUAGUCAGAUUGAAAAGCAUGCGCCGGGGAAUGAGUCUUACACACUCGUCGCGAAGGCUGUGAACGUCGGCGUUGCGCUUCUCGUGUAUGCACGAGAUAGUGGCGUCGCGCGCAGGGUUUGUGAUGUGCAGACUCAGUGGACCGGGACAGGUCCAGCUUACAUGGGCAACAAGGGUGCUGUUGGCAUACGUUUCCGGGUCUCAGAUAGAGGGAGCAAAGCUGGAGAAGUUUUCACGUUUGUAUGUGCUCACCUCACCGCACACGAGCCCAAACUCGCUCAACGGGUGGCGGAUUAUUAUCAUAUUGUUAGCACUCUUCUCUUCCCGGCACUCCCAUCUUCUCCUUCCCCUUCCCCGACUACCAUGUAUUCGACGUCACACCUGUUCUUCCUCGGCGACCUCAACUUCCGUAUAACGAUACCCCCGUCGCGUCCACCUGUGCAGAGUUCCAAGCCCAACGAGGUUCUUGCGAUGUUGAGGGACGACGCAUCUCGUGAACGGCUGAAGGAGUUUGACCAACUUUUGAACCAGCGGAGGAAAGGGACGGCUUUCAUCGGUUUGCGCGAGGGCCCAUUCUGGACAUUCAAAUGUACAUAUAAGUACAAGCUUGGCGAGGUCGACCGGUACAGCACAAAGCGGACCCCAUCUUGGACCGAUAGGAUAAUGUAUGCGACUCAUACUGAUUCACCCGACACACCUGAGAAUUCCAACAUCACCAACAUUCUGUACACAUCAAUACCGUCAUACGUCACAUCAGACCAGAAACCUGUCGUCUGCCUUCUACUCCUUCCCCCACCGAUUCCUACAUCAUCCCCCGAAACGUGUACACCUCCCAUGCUCCGGCUGCCCUCAGUAUACAUGCCCACGCCCGAUCCGCAUGCUACGCUUAAACGGUACACUGGCCGCACGCUUGAUCGCAUCAUUGGCUACAUAUGGUGGCUUCUCACGGUAGUUGGAGCCGGCUCAGCCAUUGUUGGGAUUUUCAACUUCUUUCUCGGGCUUACCGCAUGGAGAUGGUGGAAAGUACCAGCUAUAUCUAUUGCCGAUGCCUAAGAGUGCCUAAGCCAACAUCGAAAUAAACUAUGGACCUUCACCCACCUUCACAAGACCUUCAAAGUAUACAUAUGUCAUUAUGAAUCACAGUCACCUAUUUAUCUAUCUCGAGUUGUGUGAGCAUCAUUUCCUCUCGGCUCUUCGUCCUCAUCAAUGUGAACAAGCGUGUCCUCCCUCAUUGUCGUAACGCGGAUCUCCGGAACUUGCAUCUCGUCGUUCAAUCUCGCACCUUCGGCAUCAUCCUCGUCAGAAGUAGGUGGGUGCACUAGUGCGAGGAGCACGAGAGAAAUCGUCAGAAGCGCCACAGUCGACAAAAAUAUUGCACCGGGGAAGGUCGCGACGGUCUCGUAGUACACCAACCCAAACAAUGCGGGGCCCAUGAUCUGAGAACUAUGUCGUAAAAUGUGUUAGAGUGCUUGAGUUGGCUGAAAAGCGACUA